AGCGCGGAAGCUCUGGCUAGCCGAUUUACUACUAGGUUAGAACUACUGUAACUAGACCAUAACAGUUAAAGCCCGCCCCCUGGCGUUGCUCUUUUAUACACCCACUGUCCCAGAAUACCCCGUGGACAACCGGUCUAUCUAAUGCGCGUCACGCACUCUAUGACACGGUGUGUCCCGGCCACACCUCCUGUCCUGUCAGAGUGUUGUUAUUAUUCCGCUGUUUUGUGUUUGUUGCCAGGCGCGUUGAUGUCAUCUUUAGCUGAAUGAGUCACGACAAACUAUCUUAAGCACUAUGGAGGACACAGGCACAUCACAAGAUGUCCCAAACGGUGAUACCAACUCAGAAGUGGAUCCCCCUCACUCAGAAAGUGAAACAGAUCCAUUAACAAAUUCUUCUGGGACAUCGGCUGAGGGUGUUCCAUGCCAGUUCUUUCUACUGGGGCGCUGCAGAUUUGGAGAAAGGUGUAGAAACGUGCACCCAGAAUCGCUGCAGAACUCCCAACCUGAAAGUAAAGCAAAAACAAAAGAAAAAAGGUCUGAACCAAAUGCAAAGAAGCCGCCAAUGAAGACUGCAGCAGAUGUCAUCUCACGAAUUCAGUGGGACCCGAACUUACCCAAGGAGCAUUUUCUGAUCGGUUAUCUGGAUAGGUUUUUGGGCAUUAUUGAAAAGCCCUAUUCUGCUUUCUGUUGGGAAGAUUUGGCUUCAGUAGGGCAUGAUGUCCUCGCUAUACCCAAGCAUCGCAUUCAGUACUUCAAGUACCAGCGUCUGGUGGUAUGGGACAAAACCUCCCGCACGGACAAUGUUUUUGGCUCAACUGGGAGUGGUCUCACAAUAUUAGAUAUCAUCGACCAAUACGAAGCACUGGCACCGGAGCAACCUGAAACGGCAAAUCCGGAUGAAGCAAUUUCACCCGACACAGAAGAUACGGAAACGAGGAAUGACUUUGGCGCCAGUGAACGUAGCAAUGAUAUUGAUGAGAAUGAUGGGAAAAGCAGGCCCACUCAUUUCGUGGCAGUGCGUAUUAACAGCGAUGACGUAAGAAAUGCUGUAAAGGAAAUACAAAAUGUACUGCUGGGAAACAAUCCUGAGCUGGAAGAGUUUUGUGUCCCUGUACAAACCCUUCAUUUAACAUUGUGCCUCUUGUAUUUGGAAAGCGCAGAAGAUAUUGAAAGUGCUCUUCUAACGCUGCAAGAACUGAAGCAUGAAAUGCAACGGACUCUCCCACCGAGCCUCAUUCUCAGUUUUGAAGGGGUGCGGGACUUUCAUUCCCGUGUGCUUUAUUUAGCACCUUCGGCUGUUCCAGCAUUAGAGAAAUUUACUCACGAUCUUCAGAAGAGUUUUCGGAGCAAAGGUCUAAGGGUUGUAGACUCCCAAAGGUCCAGCAUCUUUCAUGUAACAAUAGCAAAAAUACCCAUGAAAGUUUUAAGGAAGCAGCCCAACCUUGCCUUUUCUCCACAAGUCUAUAACACCACCCCAGUUACACACUUUGGUGCUCAACAUGUUGAUAGUCUCAGUUUCUGCUACGCUGGUAGUACGAGGCGCACUGACGGCUUCUAUACAACACUUUUAGAGUUAAAUUUAUAUUGACAUUAAGGCAAGUCUCCGCUUGGACCAGUAAGCACCUACCCAAAAAAAUGAUUCCAAAUCCUAUUAUAUCAUGUUAGUCAAGCAAAAUGAACUUUAAUUACACUGUAUACAUUAUAUGAAUCUUGUUUCCAUCAGUCUGGG